AUGUCUAUUAUAGCUAAAAAUUAUUAGGAAAUUGUGGAAGAAAACAGUUGUUUGCAGAAGAAAACUAUUCGGAAGCCAAAAAGAAGAAAUUAAUAUACAGUGGAAUUUAAAUUUGGAUCAAAUAUUAAUACAGAAAUACUGAGAGACUAUUUAGAAGUUUAUUACAACAUUCCUCCUUAAAUUGCUGAAAAGUAAGUUAUAAGACUUUACUCCAACAUUUAGUUUCCAAAUGAUUUCAAAUUUUAAGCUAAAUUAGGUAAUUUGUCGGUUGAUCCUCACUCCUAUAAUUAUAAGGUAAUAAGAAUUGAUAAGAAAAAUAAUUUGACUAUAUUCACUCUAGAAACAAUUGAUAAUCCUUUUACACCUUUUGAACAAUUCUUUUAAAAAAUUUAAUCAUGUAAUCCUCGACUAGCACAAAGCUUUUCUGCUUUUAAUACCAGAAAUUUAGACACAAACACAUAUAAGUAAGCAAAGGAAAAAUUUAUAGAAGACUUUGAAUUGUAGUUGGACUCUGCGUUCACUUGUUAUUUGUACAAAUUAAAAAACGGUGUAUGUAAAACAAUUUAAAGAGUUAUCAACGACAAAUUUAUGGAUUUGUUAGGAAUAAGUUACUCAAUGUUGGAGGAUCAUGUACUGUCAACAAGCACAUUACCCUUUUCUACUUACAUUGAUCCAAAUGAUGACGUUUCUGAGAUACUUUCUGGAUUAUUUGAAGGGAAUAUAAAAUAAGAUAUAAGAACAAGAGAGGUCAUGAAUUAUAAUGGCUAGAUAUUUCAGUCUCGAGUUUAGAAUAAAAGCUUUUUUACUUAUGAUGAAGAAGAGAAUGCUUAUUAUGAAUAUGCCUAUUAUAUUUAUGACUGUGAUCCUAGAUGGUUGACUAAAUAGAGAGUGAUGAGAAAUUAAAAAGAAUAUUUUAAUGAAAAAUGGUUUAAUUAGGACAAGUUAAGAAUAAGAUUGGCAUCGGAAGAUUCUUAGUCAACUUAGUGUAAUAAAAACUGUAGAUACAAGAAAUUGGAUUUUUGA